UGCAGCACUUUUGCCAUGACACAACUCUCUGAAGCGCGCAAGAUAACUGACAGUGUAUACUAUCCCAGCAAACGCUUCUGGGUCAAAUACCAGCCGUUCCUGCUCUCACACGGCUGCAACUUGCGUCCACGAUACCAUCAGAAUUGGAACCCUUCCUGGAUCGCUGCAGGAGAAGAUAUUGACUCGGGCAAGUUUAAUCCUUACAAAUACAAGGACGCAUCUGCGGGCAUCGUCCUCUUCAAUGUCAUGGAUGCUACUCGCGUCGAAGACAACGUUAAGGUCGUUCUGAAAAAAGCCGAAAUCUGGAAAAUCGAGAUCGGAUUCGCACAAGACUUCAAUUCCCCGCGUCUACGUCAAGACCCGACAACAUCACAUUUCUUCUUCUGGACGUGAUUCCAAUGCCGGCUGAUGACGAUUUCGCUUUCCUCGUCAUGCCUUAUCUGCGACAAUUCGACCCCCAGACUUCCGUCACGUGGACAAAGUCAUCGAAGCCAUGUCGCAAUUCUUGAAGGGCUUGGUUUUCUAUCACUCUCACAACUUUUCCUACCAGGAUGCUUGCUCCGGUAAUAUGAUGAUUGACACGACCCACAUCAUUCCCGGUGGCUAUCACUUCUCCAGGAAGGACAAGUCUCGCGGAGUCUACAUCAGCAAACACGACCACUGGCGAUGGAAAUCGCGACGCCGCUGUUAUCCCAAUAGGACAAGACUGUUCCGGAAUUCGCAGAAGCAGAUGUUCCGUAUAAUCCGUUCAAACUCGACAUCUAUCAGCUGGGCAAUGUAUUUGCGGGUCUGAUAAAAAAAUAUCCUCGCCUGCGACGACAUUUUGAACCGCUAUCGACCGCGAUGACACGCAAAGAUUUUCGCGAGCGACCAACGGCGCCGGAGGCAUUAGUGCUUUUCGAGUCGAUGGUUGCUCACAUGUCGCCUAAACAGUCGACAGCGCGGCUGCGCCUCUGCGCCUAAAAAAACGAUGGCCAUUGGAAUCGGAAAUCAGUGAGGAAGAAGAUGCGAGCUUUGUAUUGCCCGAUGAUCUCGGGUUUGCACACUCACUCAGAUCGAAACCGAGUCUGAGGUCGCUCUUGGGAGAAAAGAUCACCUCUUCGAAAACGAGCCAUUGAACUACUUUUUUUGUCAGGUCCCGGCCGCUUAGGCAUGCUAGUAUCCAGCAGGAGAUUAGAAUCAUUCUUGGACCAUCCAUAGUGUGGCUUUCUACGAUUCCCCGAUGAACCGCAGCUUGAUAUGUACCGACAUCGAUCAGUGAAAAUUGAUUACGUGGACGCGCCGGUUUCAACCAGUUGCGGUGUCAAGGUCGCCGUUGUGUGUCAGUAUCCAUUACAAACGACUGGGAUCUUCAAGUGGAAGCCCUUGCAAUGACCGAUAUCCCUGCGGAGUCGGACUCUGGAUCCUCUACUUCGCCACAGAUUGUGACGCGUGGUUCUUGCCGGCGGCCGUAUGUUCAAACACCAUAAAAGCAACCAUCCAGCUGCUUCAUACAAACAAGCUCUGAAAUUUCUCUCACCUUCAGUCCAACAUCGAUGGUUCAACAGUCAGCCAAUCUUGCCGGCGUCUCUGUCGCUCGUAUCGGGCAUGGCCUGCUGCUCAUGACCUGGGUGCCCAACCCAGUUCCCGAUGAGCAAUGCUUCGAGGCCAUCAAGGCCGGAAUCGAUGCGCUUCCCGCCGGAACCAAAGCGUUUCUGAAUUCUGGCUCCUUCUACGAUCAGGAUCUUGGUACCGGAAACCUCGAGCUGUUGUCCCGCUUCUUCGUAAAGUAUCCUGAUUACGCUGACAAGACCUUCCUCUCGGUCAAGGGCGCCGCUGGAAAGCAAGGCCCCAACUGCUCAGAGGAAAAUUUGCGGGCCGAGAUGGACAAGAUUGCGCGUGCACUUGGGCCCAUCAAGAAGAUGGAUCUCUUUCAACCCGCUCGCGUUGACACCCAUCAUCCGAUCGAAGAGACCAUGAGGAUCUUGGCCACGCUCGUUAAGGAGGGCCACUUCUCGCACAUCGGGAUCUCGGAGUGCAACGCAGACACUCUGCGCAAGGCCCAUGCGGUUCACCCCAUUGCAGCAGUCGAGAUUGAGAUCAGCCCCUUCUCGUACGACCAUAAUCAGAAGAAAGUUCUCGCUGCUGCCACCGAACUUGGCGUUUCCGUUAUUGCCUACUCGCCUCUCGGACAUGGCCUGAUUUCCGGAAAGUACAAGUCUGGUGCAGAUCUUGAUGCUGGCGACCUGCGCCAGAGCUUCACUCGAUUCAAAGACGAAGUGAUUCUGAAGCACAAUGCAGAGAUCAUCGAACAGCUCAAUCAAGUGGCAGAGAAGCGCGGGGUCACAACUGCUCAAAUUUCAAUUGCCUGGGUUGCAGCCCUGGGCCCGAAUGUCAUCCCCCUUCCUGGGUCAUCGAAAGUGUCUCGCACAUUGGAGAAUCUCUCAGCUGGCGAUAUCAUCUUGACUGAAGAGGAGCUGAAGCAAGUGGAUGAGAUUCUUGCAAAGGGUGUGUUGGGUGAUCGGUACUGGGGAGAAUCGGAUAAGCGGGCACACCUCUGGGGUUGAUCUUCUUGCCAUUGACAGGUUCAAAUUACGUGGCAAGGCUACCAAUGAUACACAGUCAUCUACAGAAAAUGCAUGACUCAAU